UCUUAUCAUUUUCCACACACAAAAAAAAUAUUUUGAUUUGAAAAGAGAAAGAAUAAAAAUAAAAAUGCCAGGCCUUACUAUUGGAGAUGAUCUUCCUAAUCUUCAAGUAGAAACGAACCAUGGAAAGAUGAAACUUCAUGACUAUGUUGGCGAUAGCUACACCAUUCUAUUUUCUCAUCCAGGUGAUUUUACUCCAGUAUGCACGACGGAGCUAGCUAUGAUGGCUGCUUAUGCUAACAAGUUCGCUGAGAGAGGAGUUAAACUUCUGGGACUUUCUUGUGAUGAUGUUCAGUCUCACAAUGAAUGGAUCAAGGAUAUUGAAGCUUAUAAUAAGGGACACAAAGUGACAUACCCAAUCAUUGCCGAUCCGAAUAGAGAGUUGAUUAAGCAACUCAACAUGGUGGAUCCUGAUGAGAUAGAUUCCUCUGGCUAUAACCUUCCUUCUCGUGCGCUUCACAUCGUGGGACCUGACAAAAAGAUAAAGCUGAGCUUUCUGUAUCCAGCAAGCACUGGAAGAAACAUGGAUGAAGUGUUGAGGGUGGUAGAGUCGCUACAGAAAGCGGCAAAGUACAAAGUUGCAACCCCAGCAAACUGGAAACCGGGAGAACCGGUAGUGAUAGCACCGGCUGUAUCCAAUGAAGAAGCAAAGGAGAUGUUUCCACAGGGUUUUGACACUGCCAAUCUUCCAUCUGGCAAGGGUUACCUCCGCUUCACAAACGUUUAAAUAUCUUUCUUCCAGCUUUUUACACUCUGUGCACUAGUUAUAUUUGGACUUUGAUGUUCCAUAUCGCUUCUCUUCGUUAUAUAAUAACAAAUAAAGUUUAUUGUGUUUUU